CCCCGCCGCCCUGGCAGCGGCGGUGGCGCGGCGGGCAUGGCAGAGAUGCGGUCGGGGCCAGUGGCCGGGCCACAGCUCAACGCGCUGCCCGACAACUCGCCGCUGGUACAACCCGGCUUGAGGGAGCUGAGGCGCCGAGCGGAAGAGGCGGGCGUCCCGCAGACCCCACACCCGCUCACAGAUGCCUUCUUGCUGCGCUUCCUGCGCGCCCGGGAUUUCGAUCUGGACCUGGCCUGGCGGUUACUGAAAAACUACUAUAAAUGGCGAGCAGAAUGCCCAGAGUUAAGUGCAGAUCUGCGCCCUCGAAGCAUCAUUGGACUUUUGAAGGCUGGCUACCAUGGAGUGUUGAGAUCCAGGGAUCCCACUGGCAGUAGAGUUCUUAUUUACAGAAUUGCAUCCUGGGACCCAAAAGUUUUUACAGCCUAUGAUGUAUUUCGUGUAAGUUUGAUCACAUCAGAGCUCAUUGUACAGGAGGUGGAAACUCAACGGAAUGGAGUCAAGGCUAUAUUUGACCUAGAAGGCUGGCAAAUUUCUCAUGCGUUCCAGAUUACCCCAUCUGUAGCCAAAAAGAUUGCUGCUGUACUUACAGAUUCCUUUCCACUGAAAGUUCGUGGCAUCCAUUUGAUAAACGAGCCAGUCAUUUUCCAUGCUGUCUUUUCCAUGAUUAAACCAUUUCUGACUGAAAAGAUUAAGGGCCGGAUUCACCUGCAUGGGAACAACGACAAAUCAAGCCUUCUUCAGCACUUCCCAGACAUUCUUCCUCUGGAAUAUGGAGGUGAGGAGUUCUCCAUGGAGGAUGUUUGCCAGGAGUGGACGAAUUUUAUAAUGAAGUCUGAAGAUUAUCUCAGCAGCAUUUCUGAGACCAUCCAAUGAGAAGUUAUUUCCUGGGGAUGACUUCCUCAUUUUAACUUCAAGGAUGGGGUCCUAUCUGGUUACUAAAUUCAAGAGCAAGCCUUCUAAAUAAAUUGAAGCUUAUCAGACCUUUAAACAUGCAACAUGGAUAUCUGGGGAAUGUUUUAACUUUACAAUGCUCUUCCCUUUGAAUUAAUUAAUGUUAGAAGAGAUUCCUGUUUACAUGAGAAGAACAAACAUAGCUACAUCUAAAGUACCUAUUCCCGUGUAUCUUUGUAUGGUUCGGACAAUUUCAUUUUAAGGAAAAUUUUAUGAUCAUACUGUUUAAUACUAGAUUGAUGACUAGUCCACCGCAAAGAUCCUGUGCAUAUCAAGUGAUGGACAAACUGUGCUUAGUUGAGGAUGGUGUCAGAUUAACAUUCAGACUGCAAUCUGAGUUCAACUUUAUGCUGGCAGGAUAGCUUAUCUCAGGAAAAUCCUACGUUAGCAAAUGAACAGCAGAAGAAGCCUUUGAAUGUAAGUCUACAUGUCACCGUAUUGUAUGCAAUGAAAUCACUAUGGUUGAUAGAACUGAUUUAAAACUUUAGAAAAUAUUCUGGCCACAGUUGAUGCUGCCUUAUGCAGCCUUAUGUUUUCAAAUAAGUAGAGGUGAGAAUUGUGGCUUCUGUUAAUGUUCUACACAGUCUGCUUAUACCUGAAAAAAAAAAAAAACAAAACAGAGCUACACAAAGAGUUUACAUCAUGUUUAGCCAUCAGCAAGUAUAACUAGCACUUUUCAAAUUAGUCAUAAAAGAAUUUGAGUUUUCCUAUUAUCUCAGAAUAGUCUAAGUUCCAUGAUUCAUGUUUAGUUUAAACAGUCAUAGGUAGGGUGUGCUGUCUGUGCCACAGUGUGGUUCAUUUCUAAGACUUUCAUUCAUUGGGAAAGAUGUAAUCUUAUCCCUUAUUCAGUUCAGUCUUAAAUUCCUGAAAUAAUUUUUGUACUCAAUGUUGUCUAUUAAUUUUAUUUUAUACUUGAAAGAAUACAAAGUAGAGAAUUUAUUAAAUAUGUGUUCAGUAUUAAUCAUAUAUUAGUAUCUUUGUGCAAGGAUAGUUUUCAUUGCACAGGGUGUUUUUCUUUAUAAGAAAAUGAGUCUAAUCAGAUGAGCUGAUACUUAUGAUUCUCUGUACAUAUACUUCUGACAAAAUCGAAGAGGUGCAGAUGUUCUUCAGAGAACGUGUUUAAUUUUGAUUUAGCAAUUCGAUGCUACCUUUACUAUUAAUUUUACUAAAGGAAAAUCUUGCUUUUUUUCUUAAAACGUUAGUCUUCUUUAUUAAAUCAUAAAAUUAAAAUAAUAUAAAUAAAAAUAGAAAAUUAGUUAAAGGAAUAAACAGCAAUAAAACACCUCCAGCUAGUGAAACUUUUAAUCCUAGAGGGAAACUCAGAUGUUUCUUAUUUACCUGUGGCUGUUCAAUCACUUGCAUGAUUCUGUGGAGGAAUGGCACAUGCCUAUAAAAGCUAAUGUUGCAAAUGUCUUUUUAAUGUGUGCAUUAGUGGUGAAAUUUUUAUAAAAUGCAGCAAUUCUAUGAGGACCAUUGAUUAACAGUGUGAGUAGACAGCUUUGAAUGAUUCUGGGCAAAUGACUGGAAUUCUUUAUGUGCCUUCACUGUAGAUGUGCCAGAAGUGUUUUCUGGAAGGUGAAUUCCAUAGGUGUUUACUAUGUUGCACUUCACAAUAAUUUGUUUUAAUAUUGUUAAAAAUAAAUAUCUUUCUCAUA